CAAGCAAACUUUAGAAGUCCACACCCCUGCAUAGCACACUCAUGCGCAUAUUUACAGUAGCAGUAAGGAUCAGCACCUCAGACGAGAACGGCAGCAAUACUGGGCUCUACUUUGUGGGACAUAUUUUUCUACAUACGUGCUUUAGAGGAUUUGACGAACCACCACGGGAAUGAGACUGAGGGACUUUUGCUGCAGCCACCAAUGGCAUAGGAGUUUGGGAUGACUGUGAACACAGACUGCUCUACUGAUUGUGAGAUUUAUAAGGAGUGGCUGCUGUGGUUUCUCUACAUUCCCCUGUCUUCACCCCUCUCUUCCCACUAACCGCAACAAUGGACCUGACUUUGUGGCAGUACCAGUUCAGGAUCAUCAUGUUGGGGGACUCCACAGUGGGCAAGUCCUCCUUACUGAAGCGCUACACUGAAGACUUGUUCCUGGAGACCAUUAACCAGACAGUUGGUGUAGACUUUUAUGUUCACUUCCUGGAGGUGGAGCCGGGUGUCCGUGUCAAGCUACAGUACUGGGACACAGCUGGACAGGAGAGGUUCAGGUCAGUGACCCGGUCUUAUUACCGCAACUCGGUCGGAGGCCUGCUGGUGUUUGACAUGACCAACCGAGCCUCCUUUGACCAUAUUAAGGAGUGGCAUGCUGAGGUGUGCGAGCGGGUGCAGCCGCAUAAAGUCCUGUUCAUCCUGGUGGGCCAAAAGAGUGACCAAGAUGCUCAGGGAGAAAGGGUGGUGAGCCAGGAAGAGGCUGAGAAACUGGCCGGACAGCUAGGGAUGCCAUACGUGGAGGCCUCAGCCAAGACAGGCCAGAACGUGAGGGAUGCCUUUGAGCUGCUGACUCGACGUGUCUACCAGGGUCUGUUGAGUGGAGAGGUAGAGCCGCAAGAGGGCUGGGAUGGAGUCAAGUGCGCUGCACCACAGGCGCUGCAGUUACAAAGAGCAGUCCUGGCAAAGCCUAGCACAGCCCCCAAGAACAAAAAGAAGUGCUGUGAUUAAACUGUGGGCUGAUGGUGGUCACCCAUACACUCAUGUUACUGUAGAGCCAAAACCAGCCCCUAGGAAGUUGUAUUUGUGGCAAAAUUAUACUGUAAAAAUGUGGAUAUCGUAAAACACUUAGAUUUGAAAUGCAUUGUUUUGCACCUUUGUUGUGAAGAUAGAAUCUUAAGCAUUGAUUUGAGAAAACACUCUGGGACUUAUUGAUGAUACUUUGACAUUCCUGAAAUAGGUGAAGAUUUAACUUCAUAAAUGACAGUUUUGUUUAACUGUUAUUUUAAGCCAUCAUAGUGGCGUGGCAAUGUUAAAAACUCACUUUGGUGAUUCCAUGACUUUUCAUCUAGCACCACUAGCAGGUUGACAUUUAAUUUUGGGUGAAAUGUCUCAACAAUUUUUAGAUGGAUUGCUGUGAAAUUUGCUACAGGUGUUCAAGGUCCCUAAAGUUUUCAUGUAGCGCCAUUAUCAGAUCAAAAUUUUAAUUUGCCCAAUACUUGGGCUUGUGUUUAAAUAGCGGCAAAACUAAUGACAUUCCUAUGAGCCUCAGCUGUACUUUUCCCUGCAAAUUGUCAAAUGUUAGCCUGCUAACAGGCUAAACCAAGAUCGUGAACCUGGUAAAUAUGACCUGCUUAACAUCAGCAUGUUGACAUUAUCACUGUAAGCAUGUUAGAAUUUAGCUCAGUGUGCCUUCUUUCAGGAUUACUGAGGUGCUAGCAUAGCUACAUUUAGACUAUUAUUUAACUGCAACAUCUAUAGCUUUUUUUAUUUAUAGGAUCUUGAAAAAGUCGACAGGCAGGUUCACUCUGUGUGAGAUCCGAGGUCCACAGCUGACCAGAUUAACAUGGACUGAUGAGGUUGUUACCUCAGUUCAGGGGGUUGCAAUGACGACAUACUGAGCCAAAACCAUUAGUGUUGUAUGUGACUGCAUCACCGUGCUUUCAAUCUACAAGGGUUGGGAUGCAAUCACAUCUUCUCUUUUUGUGGACCUCAAGACCUGUACAGUAGAAAACUGGUUGCCAACCUGGGCAUCCUGAUGCCCUUUUUAUAGUGCAUUUUUGUUUUACUUACAGCCUAAAUGUUGUAUUUUGUCAGACUGCUCACAGCUCAUGCCCACACACAAGGCUGUAACUUGUGAUGACGAGUUGCAAGUAAGCUCUGGUCAAAAAGGUUGGGAACAACUGCACCAACAUUUAGCUUUUUUCUCACAGAAAUUUUUGUUUUUCUUGCCCAUGUUGUUCAUUCUGUACAUGAAUGGCAGCAGUUAAGGUAUUAGGUCCCUUGGUUCAGAUUACAAACAUCACCCUAAGGCUCUAUGUGAAUGAAUAUUUUGGGCCAGAGUAGUUUUCUGGAAAAGGCUUUGUUGCAUCGUCAAUAAUUGCACUGCAUCCCGUGAGUGAGUGAUUGUUUUCAGGUGCUGUUGUUGAAAUUAAUGGAAUGAAAACUCUAGGGUACCUUUAGAUAUGGUUCUUUUGAAAUGUGAGAGGUUUCUAUUGCAAUUACUGUUCAUCUGGCAGAUGAACAGCCUCCUGUGUUUCUGCAACCAGAACACAUACAAUUGAUUAUACUACUAAGACACCCAGAUUAAAGAUUCACACAAGACAGGUUGUCAA